UCAGACAGAAGAAAGGAACAGCUUGUACCGUCACCGGCGUUUUAUUUAGCAGCAGAAGGUCGUCCGCAGCUGGACGGAAUUUGACAGAAUUUCACAUUGAAAGUUCUGUAUAUUUUCCAGUUUAUCCACCGUUCAUACUCUAGAUACAGAGUAAUGUGAGUAUUAUUGAAAAAGUACAGGAACGCGGCCCUACGUCGCGUUUGGUUGGGCUGUUAUGAAACCUCAUUAGCCAGCGUUAGCCGUUUACCAAUUUAACCAGUGUUAGUUACGCUCAAAGCUUUAAAAAGGGUUGGAGAAGCAGUUCCAGUAAAGCUAGUAGACUAGCUAGCGCUACUUGUUACAUAACCGCUUUCAAGCAGUGGCCUGGGAUCCUGAAUCCCACUGCCCGCCUUGUUUUGGACCAGACCCGGGAAACAGCUUGUCAGACCCAGGAUCUCACUGGCUGGUUUGAUGGCAGCCACAGCCGGUGCCCGGCGGUUACCCAUGGGUGUGCGGACAUUCAGCGACUUUCUCCAAAUUGCCACUGUGGGCUCCCCUCGCUCGUGUCGUACAGCUCUAACAAGAGGAUGCGUGCGGCAAAACAUCAGACACCUGUCAUCGUGUGGCAUAUUGAUGACAAGAAGUCCCAGGGUACUUUGCCUUCAUGACUGGGACACAAUGGCGACCGUUUCCCAAAGCAGAAGCUUCAUCAGCCUCACCAACAAAAGGAAGGAGUACUCUGAGCGUAGGAUACUUGGUUAUUCUAUGCAGGAAAUGUAUGAUGUGGUAGCCAAUGUUGAUGAGUAUAAGCACUUUGUGCCUUGGUGUAAGAAGUCUCAGACCAUCAUGAGAAGAGCAGGUCACGCCAAAGCCCAGCUUGAAGUGGGAUUCCCUCCAGUUGUGGAAAGAUACACGUCGAUGAUCACUAAUGUUAGGCCUCAUCUCGUCAAAGCAGUGUGCACAGAUGGAAAGUUGUUCAAUCAUCUGGAGACAAUAUGGCGUUUUAGUCCUGGCAUUCCUGGUUACCCUCGCACCUGCACAGUAGACUUUUCUAUAUCCUUCGAGUUCCGCUCCUUGCUGCACUCCCAGUUAGCCACCAUGUUCUUCGAUGAAGUUGUAAAGCAGAAUGUUGCUGCCUUCGAGCGGCGAGCCUGCAAGCUUUAUGGUCCAGAGACUCGAAUCCCACGAGAGCUGAUGUUUCACGAGGUGCAUCAAACGUGAUCUCAGCAACUGCAUGUCCUCAUCUGGCCUUAAAGUAUACCAACCUUUAGCCCAUUUAUACAUUCAAACCUGCAUGAUGCAGCCUAGUCAGUCCCCACGUUCAAUCUCCAAUGCUAUAUAGAUAUAGCAGCCUACUGAGGACAUCUAAUUCUUGUAACCAUUACUUUGGAAAUCCUGCCUCACCAAGUUCUUGCUUCUCUCCUUCCUCCUCAUGUUAAGUCUGUCUACCUCCACUUCAGUCUUUGUUACCAGAACCUGCCAUUGCUUUCACUCCACAGGAGUAACGAGCUGUAUUUAUGUAAACAAAACAGUAAAUCAUUAUAUUAUGUAACCAGUGAUAGAGUCGGCUGUUAUUUUAAAACCCCCACCACUCCUUACCCAGUUUCCCUUUUUUUUAAUGAGACAGAGAGGCUCUUGGUGCUACAUCUGCAGAAGAACUAAAUAUACAUCACCAUGUUCACUUUAACACUGGGAUCAGCUGAUCAUACUGUAUUGUGAAAGCACAGUCUUUGCCUUUUACCAUUUGUUCUUCAAAUGGAAGUUUUAAUAUAUUAUUUGACAGAAAGUAGUGUUUUUUGCUGCAAAAUAUUUCAUUCUUUUUAAUUUAUUCAGCAUUGGAUGUAUGGAAGCUUUUGUUUUAUUGGGGAUUAUUAAAGAUGCCAUGUUCUGGGACAUCAAGUGUGUUGUCACUGACAGUAUUAUGAAGUGUUAUGUUUCUCAAAGGGAUAAGGGGACGUUUCUUAAUCGACACUGCUGUCUCGCUUGAACAGGGUUUCAUAAAUGUAGCUUUAACCUGGCUGUUGUGCUGUGAGGAUUGUAUUUUUGAACAUUGAGACUUGGUCUGCCAUUUUUAAUAAUGCCUUAUUUUACAGCCCAGCACCAGAAACCAUCAGUUUAGGUGGGGCUUUUAAAAUUUGCACAAUAUGUCUGAAUGAAGUCAUGAAUAUGCUGGAGUGUGCUGUGAAAAUGCUGUGAAUGGAAAGUACAACAAAAUUCACAGAUUGAAUUGAAGAAAAGGAGAAAAAAAAUUCAACUUUAUUCUUGAUGUAGUGUGUUUUUAUGAACAUGUAAAGUUAAAUCAGAAUUUGUGGACUGCAUUAUACAUGAUGCUGCUUUAUAUGGAGGUUAGAUGGGGGCGCAUGAUGUGUAGAUGGGGUCUUUUUUAGGAGGAUGACUGCACUCGUGUAUAUUUUCAUUCUAAAACAUUCUGGUGGGCUGUAGAAUAAAACAUUACAAAUAAUUUA